GUUCACCUAGAACAAAAAAAUCUCCUAAAAAUACAAUUGAAACUGAUACAAGUCUUGAUGGUAUGAAACCUAAACAACAUCGCAGUACCCAACCAGAACCACCAUCAACAAAAGAAUCCGGAACAAUAACUAUUUCACCAAUAAAACGUCUAUCGAAACCACAUUCUAUGACUAGUCUUAAUUCAACACCAAGCUGUGCGAAACGUUCAACAUCGUAUGUAUCAAUUUUGAAAAUCGAUGAUGAUCUUCCAACAACGCCAGCGACGAAUGGUUAUAGAUUGGUGCCAAGUGGCUCAUCGGCUUCAUCAGCAAAAUAUGGUCAUCGCAUUAAA